CGUCCGUCCGACGGCGUCAAACGGCGGCAAUGUCCCCUCGAGCGUUGGUUGGUUCCCGCCGCUGUCUUUGGCUUUCGGUGGACUCAGUUCACCAGGCGACAGAGGGGCGCUCAAUCUGCCAGUCGUCUCUAACAAUUUUCUCCCAAAUACUCCUCGUUACUCCUUGGUUGUAGGAGAGCACUCCGAGACCGCUUCUCUGGAUCGAAGUUCGGGUGUUGCUGUUCCACCUGCUGGCGGAGACGCCGUCUGUCGCGAAUCCUCUUCGGCUUGGGGGGCCGACCUCGCCUAUGCCGCCACUGGAACAGUUCGUCGGGAAGGGUCAAUCUAAAGCAUAGCAAUCCAGUCGAUCUUUUGCGGAUACUCUCAAACAGACGAAGGGAAGUCGGCAAGCGGAUGUUCCUGCCUAUGACUUCACGGUUCUACAGCCUUCUUUGGUGAACGAUAAACCAUGUCUUAUCAUUUCGGAAGGGUUCCAUCAACGACAAGUGCGAUCAUUCUCUCAUGCCCUGCAUGGCUGGAUUAUCUUUCGCAAGGGGGAUCGUCCUUGUUUUGCUGUUGAUUUGCAUGUUGAGUUACAGCAGUUAUGGAAGACGGAUUUAUCUUGGGAAAUUAUUCCUCUGGGUAAAGGUUACUUCACCCUGAAAUUCUCCUCUGCGCAAGAUAUGGCGCUGGCUUUCGCUAAAAAUACAUGAAAAUUAAGUCCGGGCAUCUUGCAUUUGCAUACUUGGGUCCCAAAUUUUGAUCCAUAUAAGGAUUCAUCCACUAAAGCACAAGUUUGGAUUCGUGUUUUUAAUUUACCUCACGAGUAUUGGCAUCCGGAGGUGCUUUCUGGUAUUGCUAGACACGUAUGGGCACCAAUUGUUAUUGAUGGUUUAUCUGCUCAUGCUUCUGUGGGUCAUUUUGCGCGUAUUUUGGUUGAGAUGGAUGUCUCCAAGGCUGUGCCUGAUUUUUUUGAUGUCAAAUGUGGGGAUCGGGUUUUUGUUCUCGAAUUCGGAUAUGAAGACCUCCCAUAUUAUUGUCACUCUUGUUGUGUUGUUGGCCAUGCUACUACCUCUUGCAGGAGAUAUAAAGAGGGGAUGAAUGAUACUGAGGGUCAGCCAGCUGGCAAAGGUACUGACCCAGCCCCUGUUCAGCAACAUCGCUCCAAAUGGAAACAAGUGGAUCGUAAACAGGCCUGCUCUGAGGCUUCUCUUCAGAUGGUUGUUUAUGAGAAGGGUGGAAUCCUGAACCCCUCGAAUCGUGACUCUGCUCUUGGGGAUGACGAGAUGGACACCUUCCCAGAUUCAACAAGGGAGGAAGUCGUUGGUUCCCUAAAUCUUGGAUCUGAUGCUGCGCAGGUGGACCUUCACAACCCCUUUGCUGCUCCGGAGUCGUUGGAUGCUGAGGUUCAGUUGGAUAAUGAGGUUGUCUCUGAACACUCGGUUGGUGAUAACAUGGCGGACAAGUCUGUUGGUAUGGAGAUUGUUCCGGUGAUGAAUGACACUACCCGACAUCCAGUGGAAACUACUACAGUGUCAGAUACACAGGUUGAUAUUGUCACUCUGCAUUGUAGCAAUACAGACAUGGCUUUGACUGUGACGCCAGGAAAGGCGACAAUGGAGGAUCCCCCCAUAAUUCGCGGUCGUGGGCGUCCGAAAGGGGCUUCCAAGAAGGGGAAGGUUUCUGAUUCCUCUAUCAAGAAUCGGCUCCGGCGUAUAAUCAAGAAUGGUAUGUCCUCGGACAAACAAGCAACUGGUCGUGUCGCUGGUGCUGUUUUGUAGGGAGACGUUCUUCACUCUUCGUCGCCAAUGGAGUUCUUGAAAAAAGUGCAACAUGCUCAUUCUGAAGGCGCGAUUAUGCAAAAUUUUGUGAUACACUCUUCUUCUUCUGACGCUACUCGUGCUAUGUCGACCGUGGUUUCUAAAAGAUGGGGAGAUAUGCUUGACGACGAAGAUUCUUUUGAUGAGGAUGAUCCUCUAAAAAUGUUCUCUUAGUCUUGUUUGUUUUUCGGUUUCUCGUGGCUUCUCGCGGGUGCUUUCACUUGUUUUUGUUCUUUCUUUUUCCUUUUAAUAAAAUUUCUAUUACAGCA